AUGGCUGCACAGGCUGCUUCAGCGAAUCUUACGCCGGCGCUCUUCCGCUCCCUCUUCCCGCAACCCUACCUCGAGCGCUUCAUCAGUGAAGGUGUUCGACCAGACGGACGACCAGUGGGAGACCAGGCGGCCUCGGCAGAUGCAUGGAGGGAUGUCAGUAUCAACGUCGGAUCCGUUUCGACUGCACCUUCAUCCGCUCUCGUCCGGCUGGGCAAGACUUCCGUCGUGUGUGGCGUGACGCUGGAGAUCGCCCCGCCCGAUUUGGCGCGACCGAACGAGGGCUUCAUCGUCCCGAACGUCGACCUGAGCCCGCUUUGCUCGCCUUUGUUCCGACCUGGACCUCCGCCUGACGAAGCCCAGGUCCUCUCAUCCCGGUUACGCGACGUCCUCCUCUCCUCCAACAUCCUUCCUCUCUCUUCUCUCGUGAUCGAGCCCGGCAAGGCGGUGUGGGUGGUAUACAUCGAUGUCGUGUGCUUGAACUACGACGGAGGCGUGCUGGACGCGGCAGUCUUGGCAGCAGUGGGCGCUCUGCGGAAUCUGAGAUUCCCCGAGACCACCUUCGACGUCGACACGAGCGAGGUUAUCUGCGAGCGUGUGACGGAGGAGCACCCCGGCAGCCGGAUAUCUGGGCCUCGCGAGCCGUUCUCCGUCUCCUUCGGCGUCUUCAAUGGAACCCUCCUCGCCGAUCCGACACUCUUCGAGGCCAAGCUGUGCUCAAGCGAGAUUACCGUCGUCGUCGGCGCACCGGCGGCAUCCUCGACCACGUCUCUCGCGAAGGCACCGCUGCUGAGCGUCUACCAGGCAGGCGCGCCGCUCGAGAACGGGAAGGAAGUGCUGCGACGGUGUAUUGCGAUGGCGCGAACACGGGCGGCGGAGUUGCAGCAGAGUCUGGCAUAG